AAAACGUUUCCAACAAGAUGUGAGCACAAGGUGGAACAGUACAUAUUAUAUGCUGGAAAGCCUUUUUGCGCAAAAGCGAGUCUUGGCUACAUACAUAGCAGAUCAUGACCUGCCCGCGACAUUCACCGCAUACCAGUGGGUGUUAAUCGAGAACGUUCUCUCUCUUCUCGCCCCCUUUGAGCAGAUAACAAAAGAGAUAAGCUCAUCUGAUGCAUCUGUGGCAGACGUCAUACCCUUACUUGCAGCACUAAAGCGUCUUUUAAACAAAGAGGCUGAAACAGACCACGGAGUAAAAACAACUAAAAGUGCGCUCUUAGAAGCUGUCAGCUCACGAUUUAGUCAGGCGGACUCAGAACCCCUGUACUGCAUCGCGACUGUGCUUGAUCCACGAUAUAAAGAUCAUUACUUGGAUGUGGGGAAAAAGAUGCGCACACGAGAAAUGAUCCAGGCCGAGUUGGAUUUGGGAAAGCCGCUAGGUGAUGGAGACGGUCAGGUGAUGCACAGCGCAGGAGAUGAAAACAGCGCAGAGAGUAAACGGGCUCGUACUACAGAUGAGCCGCGCACAGUCUCGCUGUCUGACAUGUUCGAUGAGAUCCUCCAAGAGAAUAACCCAUUUGCAAGACAGAGGACAAGCUCGACCGCUCAACAGUUAGAUGGGUAUCUCUCAGAAGUCCCCAUCCCCAGGAGCAAUAACCCUCUCGAAUUUUGGAGGACCAAUCAAGGCCGCUUUCCCGACCUGGCGCAGAUGGCACGCAGGUACUUGUCUGCUCCAUGCACAAGCACCGACAGUGAGAGACUGUUUAGUGCUGCAUCUCAUGUCAUCGAUGAGAAGAGGAACCGACUUUCAUGUGAGAAAGCAGAGAAGCUACUUUUCAUAAAGAAGAACCUGCCACUUUUCCUGAAGAAGUAGGCUAAGUAGGCUUAUGUCUAGGACAGUUAUUCAUUUGUUGUGGGUUCAUCCACAUUUUUUGCACUAUUCAAUGCACAUUUGUUGUUGUAGACAUACAGAGUUACAUUCUUUCAGCAGUCAGUUAUAGGCCUAACAUAGGCUAUCAAGAAGGGGGGCUGGCUUCAAAAAUGGCCAAUUUUUUUUUACUAAUUUAUUUAUUU